GCCUCCACUGAUGGAGAUGAUGCUGGGCUAUUUCCUGACCUUGAACCUCCUCCUCUUCCCCUAUGGUCAUGGAGCCCCUCCAGGUUUUCGUGUGCGUCUUGCAGGCAAUGGCUCCAGUUCCACCCAGGGCCGAGUGGAAGUGUUCUACAACAAUAUGUGGGGAACAGUGUGUGAUGAUGAGGUCAACAUAAACCUGGCAAAUGUAGUAUGCCGGGAGUUGGGCUUUCUGCAGGGCCUUACCUGGGCCCACAGUGCUAAAUUUGGGCAAGGACAAGGCCAAAUCUGGUUGGACAACGUUCUCUGCUCAGGCACUGAGAGCUCACUGGCAGACUGCCACUCAAAUGGCUGGGGCAUCAAUGACUGUUCCCAUGCUGAAGAUUUAGGUGUUGUGUGUAGCCCGGAGCAGGGGCGAACUUUCAUCCAGCCCUCAGAAGCUGCAGUCCAUCCUCCCUCCCCCUCACUCCAGUCACCCCGCUCCCCUCAGAUCUCCAACAUCCCAGAGCCCCCCCGGAGGAGGGGUCAUGAGAUUGCAAUUCAUAGGUCUGGCUCCCGCCAGGGUCCCAAUCAAAGGCAUGGCCAUCAAAUCCAACUGCGCCCCUUCAAUCAUGAUCGGCGCCGCAACCAAGAGCCUUCACUGCCCCAAGGCCACCAGAUACCAAACCGCCUUCGCAAUGUGGGAGCCUAUAGGCAGGCACCUGAUAGCGAGUCAAGCCCUGGACUCCAAGUGGGGUCUCACAGUUCACCCACCUCACAGACAAUAAAUCAGACUCCUAAUACAGAUGUCUAUCGAAGACCACCACCUGCUCCAGAGACACCCACCUAUGAGGGUCCACAAUCAGCGCCCAGGCAGAUGGCCCAGCAUGCCAACUUGCAGGAGAACAACCUUAACUUUGAUUUCACUGACCAGCACAACCAGGGCUCCACCAGGGUGAAUCUUGAUGAGGCUCGCCUGCGGCCUGUGCUGACAAGUACCAGGAAACCCACCGUAGUAACAGAGGGUGUGGUGGAGGUGAAGCUGGAUGGGAGGUGGCGCCAUGUGUGUAGUCUGGGUUGGAAUUUAAGAAGUAGCCAGGUGGCAUGUGGCAUGCUGGGAUUUCCUGCAGCAGAACAGCCCGAUGAGCCAACAUACAGGAAAUUGUGGGACACUAAGAUAGCAGACCCCUCUACGAGACUGAGUGUAAUGGUCACUAAGAAGGGCUACUGGGUGGAGGAGGUGCAGUGUCUAGGUACAGAGCCAUCAGUGACUGACUGUCGGACUCGGCUGUCUGUCCCUCAUAAUGAUGUGCCUUGUGUUGGUGGCAUGCCAGCAGUAGUACGAUGCGUACCAGGGUCUCAAUUUUCCCGAGCUGCUGGCAGGACAAUAUCUCGACCUGCAACAAAGCCAGAGGUGCGCCUGAAGGCAGGACCACGACUGGGCGAAGGGCGAGUGGAGGUGCUCCGGGAGGGAAAAUGGGGGACUGUGUGUGACCACAUGUGGGACAUCACAGCUGCAAGCGUUGUCUGUAGGGAGUUGGGCUUUGGCACAGCUAAGGAGGCCCUUAAAGGAGCCCAAAUGGGUCAAGGGACCGGUCCUAUUCACAUGAACAUGGUACAGUGCACUGGCAGAGAAACCUCCAUCAAACAGUGUCAACAUCGUGAGGUCCCUCUCAGGAGCUGCAAACACAACCAGGAUGUCUCAGUUCGCUGUCAUGUCCCAAGCAUGGGCCUAGAGACCAAAGUGAGGUUGGCUGGUGGCCGGGACCUGGCAGAGGGCCGUGUGGAGGUUCUGAUAGAAGUGGGUGAGACUCAACGUUGGGGAGCUGUUUGCAGUGAGAACUGGGGGAUCCGUGAGGCCAUGGUGCUGUGCAGACAGCUGGGCUAUGGCUUUGCCUCUAGAGCCCAUCAGGAAACUUGGUACUGGCCUGGCAACCAAAAUGCUGGGGAAAUGAUCUUAAGCGGUACACACUGUAUUGGCACAGAGAUGUCCCUUCAGCAGUGUCGCAGAAAUUCACAUGUGUACUGUCCUAGUGGCAAAGCAGCUGGGGUCACCUGUGCAGAGACUGCCCCUGACCUGGUGGUUGAUGCUCAGCUGGUGCAAGAGUCAGCAUAUCUUGAGGAUCGCCCCCUGCACCUCCUCACCUGCGCACAUGAGGAGAACUGUCUGUCCUCCUCUGCUGCCCGAAUGCACUGGCCAUAUGGGCACAGGCGACUACUGCGCUUCUCCUCACGCAUCAUGAACCUGGGCCGUGCAGAUUUCAUGCCCCGUGCCCCACGAGAGUCCUGGGUAUGGCAUCAGUGUCACAGGCACUAUCACAGCAUUGAAGUGUUUACACAUUAUGACCUUCUGACCCUAAAUGGUACAAGGGUUGCUGAGGGCCAUAAGGCAAGCUUCUGUCUGGAGGACACCUACUGCCCUGAUGGCCUACAUAAGCGCUUCUCCUGCUACAACAUGGGAGAACAGGGGAUCACUGUGGGCUGCUGGGAUACCUACCGCCAUGACAUUGAUUGCCAGUGGGUUGACAUCACCGACAUCAGACCAGGAGACUACGUACUCCAGGUGGAAGUUAACCCCUCCCUUGACAUGGCAGAAUCAGACUUUCAGAAUAAUGUGAUGCGUUGCCGAUGCAGAUAUGAUGGUGCCAGGGUCUUCAUGUACAGCUGUCAUGCAGGGGAUGCUUACAGUGCUGAAGUGGAGGACCUGUUUGAGCACCAACAGCAGAUCACCAACAACUUCCUAUAAACAACAUAAGUGUAGGCCUACGAGGUGACAGAACAGGGAGUAAUGAUGCAUCAACUGGAGAGAGGAUCGAAGUUAGACAGGCUUGAAUUGAUAACAAUUACAAAAACUCACUUGUUCAAUAAAUAAACAUUACCCUGCUCUCUGAGACAAUGAGAAAGAGAGGCACACUGAAAAUAAAUAUGUGGAAAAAAGAGUGAGCAUUAACUAAAUCAGUCUGUAUUCUGAGAUUACACUUAUCUUGGAAUAAUAAUCAGGUGGAACUCAUCACAUGUUGGGAAUCAUCAUUUCUAUGAAGCUUAUUGAAUCAUAGGGAGGGUUUUAAAUAAAAGCCUGCUUUCUAUUUCUUCUUAGUUUAUUCUUUUCCCAACUUGUAAUCAUCUGCUUAAAAUUAUUAACAACAAGGUACAAAAACUUCCACGGUAUACUGAUAAGCUCUUUUUAGACACACAGUUUUGACAAUGGUUCCAACUAGAAAGCUUACAGCAUUACAUUUCUGCUUUUAAAGUGUGUGUGUGGGGGCUGUGUGUGUGUGCGUGUGUGUUUGUGUGUGUAUGUCUAUCUCUCUCUCUUUCUCUCUCUCUGUCCAGUAUUGGGAAGUAACAGAAUACAUGUAACAGGAUUACGUAUUUAAAAUUCAAAAUAUGAGUAACUGUAUUUAUAUCUUAUAUUUAUAACAUGUAGGCCAAGGCUUUUCCAAUUCAAAUAAUAUUAUGGGUUUUAACCACACCAUAUCGUCUAUAUGAACCUUUCUCCUUCCCUCUCUGUUUAUAUUAUUAGCCUAAAUGAAAAACCUCUCAGGGAAUGUAGAAUGUAAAAUGAGUUUUGUUGUAGGCCAAUUGGGCCUACAUGUAUACCCAGCCAGCAUGUUUUAGGCCAGUGUAGGUUAAUGUUUCUUGACAGUGUUCUGCAUGCAACUCCCCUUGUGCUGUUGAAAUUAUUAUUUUUUUUUAAAUCUGUGUAUACUUUGUUUGGGAUUUGGUAGCCUUUUAGCCUAUGUGCAGACAAAACAUUUCUGUUGUACGUUCUUUGACACAAUGACCUUAAGUAUUUCUUGGCACAGUAGGCCAUAUAUCAAUCCAUCCUUAAUGUAAAACAGGUUGUGGGUUGUAGUUGAAAUUAGCUAUGGGUCUUACAGUUAUGUGAGGUUAUUUGAAGUUGUUUCAUCCAUCGCUAAUAAAGUGUAAUACAAUGCUGAUGUGAUCCAAAGUCAAAUACCUUACUCACUUUCAGUAAUCUGUCAGAAUACGUUGCAAAAUACAUUUUAGGGCAUGUAUUCUGUAAGUGGAACGUAUGUGUGGAAUACAAACCUUCCCAACACUG